GAAUUUAUCAAUAAUACGUGGAAAGUCAAAUUGUGGAAUCGAUGAUUUGUUUGCUCGAAGUUGAAGUCUACAAUGACUACUCCGUAUCAAUUUUGGUAAGACAAAAAACAAUGUCGACAGUAACGCUUCCACUUCAACAACGUUAUUACGAAGAGUCGAACAAAGGCCACCUGGUAUUUGUCAAGCUGUCACCCCACGGGAUUUUCGGCAUUGAUUGGUAGUAUGUAAGUCGUUUAAACACUCCGGUUCCGGUCAAAUUGACACCGCGUGAUUUCCUGUCUCAAAAUGUCAUUUGAGCCUCUUUCGUCCACCACUUUAGCCACUUAGCCAGGAACCAAUGGCGAGUUCACCACUCGAAGACGAUGAUCCUCCACCCUACGUUGUUGGAAACCGCAACGAUGCAGGUGAAAUUCUUCAGCCUGCCAUUCUCGUACUGACCGGCCACUUCAUUCGCGCCCAGACUGUCGACGGUACCCCGCUAUAUGAACUAUCUCGGGACAUCCAGGCAUCUUCGACAACCGAAGCUCAGCUUGCCCAGGUGUCACUCGAACGUCUAAUUCACAAUGUACGAGUAAGCGCCAACGGUACACCUCGGGUGUUACACCGAACCAGGCACAUAUUCGAGCUGAAGCAUUUGCCGCCAGUCAUAUCUACCGGAUUUCCCUAUUGUUUGGACGCCGCGUCGCGGCAUGCUCUGGGGAACCUGGCGCUAAAAUGCCCUUCAUUCCCGCGAUCAACAUUCAAGGUGGUGAGGAUAAACGAAGAGACGGGAGAUGGGCUUCCCAAAGGUUAUAAAGCAAGAAAGGAGUCCUUAAAGGAGGGCGAAACGAUUUUCGAAAUACAUAAGAAACGCGGUCACUAUGAGUGGAUGAGCCCCGAGGGAAGCCGUAUUGCGGUGGAAGACGAAACGGAAGACCAUCAUAGACUGAUAGUCACAGCACCCGUUAUGAGAAAGAUGAUGGAUGCGAUGAUAGGUAGUUGGUGCCUGAGGAUUUGGCGCGAUAGUAUGAAAUCGAAUCACCAGCCUCGGGGAGCUCUCAAGACUCAAGUACGCAGCGCGCGUGAGAUUCUUCCAACUUGGUGGUGAAUGGCGCCAUAUGAUGAAUGGAUAUUGAAGCAGACAAGGUUAAGCUGGUCGCUAGGCAUAUUAAACGUAUUGGCGGAAUAAUAAACCACGGCCACGUUUAUGACUAUUCGGUUUCUAGGGCAAGGUUGAGGCUUUUUAAACCAAUACUGAUAGUCCUUGGCAUUGGCGUUGGGGAGAGGGCGCGAAGACCCUGCACGAUUACGAAUUGUACGUAUUUACGAUGUUUGUAGUUUUGUUUCAUCGCUUACGUUUAAAUUAUCAGGCGAAGGAAAUCUGGUAAA